AUGUCGACCACCCCGCUGGGCGAGGUGCAGAACACGCUCGCCACGGCUACUGAGGGCACACAGGUAGCAGCGCUGAUGACCAAGGACUCUGAGAGCUCGGUCCAGGUCCCGACCCCUGGCCCCGCUCCCGCUCCUGCUGCCACACCGGCUGGUGCUGCUGCCGCCGCCGCAGGCGACCAUGACGACGAUGACGAGGACAAGAUGUCGGUCCGGGUCGCUGUUCGCGUCCGCCCGCUGCUGCCCAAGGAAAACACCGUCCGCGCUCGUGAGUGCAUCGAGUUUGUGCCCGGCUCGGCGCAGCUGGUGCUCGGCGGUCAGCGGAGCUUUACCUACGACUACGUCUUUGAUCCGGCUGCCAACCAGGCCGCGCUCUACACCGAUGCUGUCUCGCCGCUCAUUGACGCCUUUUUUGACGGUUACAACGCCACCGUUCUCGCUUACGGCCAGACUGGCUCGGGCAAGACGUACACCAUGGGCUCGGGCUCGAACGCUUCGCUCGCCGCUGCCCAGCUCGGCGUCAUCCCGCGGGUCAUCCGCGCCAUGUACACCCGCAUCGCAGAAGGCUCGGCCGACUCGGCCUACUCGAUGCGGGUCUCGUUCCUCGAGAUUCACAACGAGAACAUCGUCGACCUCUUCAACCCGGCGGUCUCGACCAAGACCAAUUCGCUUGCCAUCCGCGAGGCCGACGGCGCCAUCACUGUCGCCGGCAUCACCGAGCUCGCCGUCAACUCGGCCGACGACCUGCUUGACAAGCUCGAGCGUGGCUCCAUCUCCCGGACCACUGCAUCGACGCUCAUGAACUCUGAGUCGUCGCGCUCGCACGCCAUCUUCUCGCUCAUCCUUGAGCAGAGUCCGGCGUCGGGAGCCGGCCGCCUCGUCUCCAAGUUCCACUUUGUCGAUCUCGCCGGCUCUGAGCGCCUCAAGCGGACCAAGGCUGUCGGCGACCGCCUCAAAGAGGGCAUCAACAUCAACUGUGGUCUCCUUGCUCUCGGCAACGUCAUCUCCGCCCUCGGUGACCCUAAGCGCAAGGCCCGCCACAUUCCCUACCGCGACUCCAAGCUCACCCGUCUUCUCCAGGACUCGCUUGGCGGCAACUCACGGACACUCAUGAUUGCUUGCGUCUCGCCGGCAGACAUCAACUUUGAGGAGACGCUCAACACCCUCCGCUACGCUGACCGUGCUCGCAAGAUCAAGAACAAGCCCAUCGUCAACCUUGACCUCAACUCGGCCCAGCUCUCGUCGCUCAAAGCCCACAUCAAGCAGCUGCAGCUCGAGCUUGCCGCGGCGCGAACGUCCGGCGGUGAUGCCCUGCCUCCCGCGCCCGCCCUUCCCUCCGACAACGUUCUCAAGCUUCAGAUGGAGAACGAGGUCCUCCAGUCGGCAUACGGCAAGCUCCAGGCCAAGGUCAAGUCGCUCACAGACUCGCUGCUCAAGGUCACCGCCGAGCGCGACGCUUACGCCCACCAACUUGCCGACGCCGGCCUCGCCCCACAGACUGAGGGCCCGGCCGCUGCUGCCACUAUCCAGGGUUAUCUCGAGACCAUCGCUUCGCUCAAGGCGCAGCUCGCAUCGCGUGCGUCCUCGCCCGAGCUGGACGCUUCCGACUCGGCUUCUUCGUUUGCACUCGAUGACGAAGAGCUCGACGAUGAUGCUGCUCCGGGCGCCCUCCUCGACGACGCGUCGGCCGCCGCCGUCGCCGCCGCCGCCGCUGCCGCCGCCCAGCUGGCCCAGCUCGAAUCUGAGACCGUGGCCUCUGAGAACACCUUUGCUGCCGCCCAGGACAAGGUUGCCGCCAAGGUUGCCCACCUGGAUCGCAACAUCUCGCUCAAGGAGGAGCUUCUCGCCAAGAUUGUUGAGUCCAAGAAGGCGCUCAACGAGAUGAAGGAGGACUACGAGUCCAAGCUCGCCUCGCUCCAGUCGGACAUCGCCACCAUCGAGGCCGACAAGGCCGCCAUCGAGGCCGAGCUCUCAGCCAUGAAGACCGGCACCAAGACGGGCUCGGUCCAGGUUCGCAAGUCGUAUGAGGGCCGUCUCCGCAAGCUCAACAAGCAGCUCAAGUCGCUGCAGGAGCACAAGGUUGAGCUCGAGCGCAUCCAGCGGCUCCGUGCCAAGGAGGCCUCACGCUUUGAAGCUCUCCAGUCGUCGAUCGACGAGAUGAAGCGCGCCCGCAUCACGCUUCUUCGCAAGCAGCGCGACGCCGCCAAGAAGCACGCCCAGUGGAAGGCCGAGCAGGCUCGCAAGGUCGCCCAGCUCCAGGCACAGAAGCGCAAGGACGAGGCCCGUCUCCGCAAGCAGGAGCGCGCCCUCGUUCAGUCCAAGGCGGUCGCCCGCCGCAAGAUGGAGGAGCUCACCGCGUUCAAGGCCCAGGUCAAGUCCAACGAGGCCAAGGCCCGCGCCGUCGCCGCCGCAAAGCGCAAGGUCUCCGGCGCGGCUGCCGCGAAGCCAGCAUGGGGUCAGAACAACAUUCGCGGCAUGCCCAAGUCGACCAAGGCCAAGCUCUCCGCCAUCAAGAACUACUUUGAGACCCAGUUCCAGGCCCACGUUGACCACGGUCUUGCCGUCCGCAAGCUCGACAACGCCCUUGCCUGCCGUGCCGAGCUCGUCGCGGAGCUUGAGGCCCUGCAUGCUACCCGCUCCGAACUCGAGGCCCAGCUCGGCGAGCUUGAGGAUGCCAACCUCUCGUCGGAUGGCCUCUACGCCGACCUUCAGGACGCAUCAACCUCCAACGCCGAGCUCAAGCAGGAGCUUGCUACCGUCCUCGAGGAGGUCGAGUCGCUCGAGGCCAAGCUUGCGUUUGGUGCCUCCGAGCUCGAAGCCGCCCAGCGCGCCGUCGCCGACGCCAAGUUCCGUCCGGCUAGCGAGCUUGCCGAGUUCUUUGACGCCGACCUCGACGAGAAGCUUGUCCGCCGCAUUGAGCGCCUCUCUGGCCACGAGUGCCGCGCUGCCCUUGAGCACGCCAUUUCCGAGAUUGUUAUUGCCCGCAUCGAGCUGGCUUCCCAAGCCGACAAGCUUGCUGUGGCCAACGCCUCCAUCGAGGACAAAGAGCGCAUGCUCGAGGUCGCUAACUCAGCCGCCGCCGCCCGUGAGGCCGAUCUCGUCCGGCUCCAGUCGGAGCACGAGGACAAGGUCCUGUUCCUCCUCGAAAAGGUCAAGGACGACGAGUGGCUGACAAAGGUGACCGCAUCAGGCGCCGACGCGCAAUCUGAUGCUGACUCGGAUGCUAGCGCGGAAGCGGCGGCAACUAUCUCGGGCGACCACGCCGAGUGCGUUGUGCGCGAGAACAAGCUCAAGGCCCUGCUCUCGCUCAAGGCCGAGCACUUGACCAUCUUGCAGUCGCACAACGCCGAUCUCAAGGCCGCCGUCACCCGCCACAAACAGAACGUCGAGGAUCUGCUCGCCACGGCCUCCUUCCGCCGCGUUGUGCUGCAGCAGGUCAAGACCGAGAACCUCAAGCUCUCCGCUCGAGUCGAGGACCUCGAGUCGCAGAUUGCGUCGUCAGGCGCCGAGCCGGUCGCCCGCUCCUCGCGCUACGUCUCGCCGGUCAAGCGCGGCGACAGUGUCGCCUCCCCAGCGACAGCCAACACCUCGGCGUCGUCGGUCGCAUCAUCGUCGUCCGAGGCGUCGUCGUCGUCCGAAGCGUCGUCGUCGGUGCCCGAGUCGGAGCCUCCAGCGGCGGACGAGCCCGCUCGCGGCUCGUAUGCUGCUGCACAUGCCCGUCGCCGCGACGCCCGCUCUCGGCCGGGCGAGGUCUCGGGCCGCACCGGGGGCGCCGAGUCGCGCGCCUCGCGCCUGCGGUCCAAGCCCAAGGUCCAGCCCGAUGAGAUGGCCACGUCGGCGUGCUUGGCCACACUGCGCGGACACGCCGGGGCGGUGUAUGCCGUGGCGGCGUCCAAGGGCUUCGACAUUGCGUACUCGGGCGCACAGGACAAGCUGAUCAAGAUGUGGGACGUCGAGGCCGGCAAGUGCGUCGAAUCGCUCCACGGACACACCAGCGCAGUUGAGGCGCUUCAUGUGGCGCCGAGCGGCGUCUUCUCGGGCGGCCGCGACAAGACGGUUCGCGUUUGGGACGCGUCGCAGCAGUACCCAUGCACCGCGUCGAUUUCGACCGGCUCCGAAGUCACCGCUCUCACCAUGGCAGGCUACACCCUGUACGCGGCACUCGGCAACGGCGCCAUCAAGCGAUUCGACAUCCGUAACAUGGGCUCUUUCAAGUCGCUGCCUUCACUUCGCGGGCGACAGAGCUCGGUCUUUUCCAUGGCCACCGCGUCGGACGACGGGUAUCUCGUUGCCGGCUUCCGCGACCACCAUGUGGGCAUCUUUGAUCUGGCCAAGCCCUCGUUUGCCACGCUCCAGCCGCCGCACUACGACGGCGUCUCGGCGCUCUGCCUCCACGAUGGCACGCUCUACUCGGGCUCCAAGUCGUCAAACAUCAAGCAAUGGCGCGGCAUCUCCUCGUUCCGCACCGGUGGCACAAACUCGGGCAUCACCUCGCGGAUCAUCUCGUCGCACACGGCGGGCGUCAUGGGCAUGUUUGUCGCCGACGGCGUCCUCCACUCGGUCGACCGCGACGGCUGCAUCCAGUUUUGGGACAUCGAGGCCGAAGAGUCGGCCGGCGGCAUCCGCGGCGCCCACGCCGACGCCAUCAACGCCGUCGCUGGCUUUGGCGAGGCCCACUUUAUCACCGCCUCGUCUGACCGCCUUGUCAAGAUCUGGAACGUGAGCUUUGUGUAGUCCAGCUACGCCUUCAUUCUCCUCCCUCCAAAUACACAUGUACCCUGUAUCCUCCA